AUGGUUUCUUUCUCCCUGUUCAUUUUGACAUUGAACUUUUUGGAAUAUAACCAACUCCACGAACAGUAUGGACCCGGAAAUGCAGUGGACGCAAAAAGAAGAACCCACCGAUUGCUAGACGAAGUGCAGCAAAUGCACGCAGUAGGAAGUGAUAAGGCUAAUGGAUUACUCUCCAUUAACUCAUCACCAGCAGAGGGUUCAGAAAAUUCAACUAAUGACGAAAAGGAAGAAGAUGAAGAAGAUCCACCCAUCUCUGUAUUAAAAUAUAACGAAAAAAAAUUAGAAUCCCUAAAUAGGUUAAUAAAAUACACAAAAAAGGAAAGAGAAACGGAUUUAGAUGCAAUAAAGUAUGGGAAAAAAUACAACGUAGAAGAUGAUGUAGCCAUCAAGUACCCAAAAAAAAAUGGGAAAAUGAAACCAGCGUUCCAAAAAUUUACUGAGAAGGGUGAAGGAGAAGAAAAAUAUGAUGCUAUUGCUUAUUCAUUCAGAGAAAGAUCAGCACAAUACUUUGCAGUCCAAUAUUCAAAGGAAAACGAUUUACAACCACACAACAUUUUCAACUUCAAAAAAGAACAAAAAAGUAAAUUAAGGGAUAUCUUCUUUAAGGAGAAGGACCGCAAAAAAAAAGAACUAGAAAAUAUACCUAUUAAAAAAAAAGGGAAAGAAAUAUACAAAACGGAUUAUUAUGCGCUACCAAAAAAUCUAAAUGAAACAAUACUAGAAUCCCUAGGGUAUUCUCUAAAAGAAAAAGACGGGUUCGAAUAUCCAACCGUGAUGAAAGCCAUCAGUGAUUACCCCAAAUAUACUCCCAUACCAGAUCAGCUAGUCAAUAGGAAAUUUAAGGACGCCUUCUAUUCUUUAGUCAAAGAUAAGCCGAAAAAAAUCCCUGAAAUUAAACACAGCAUUAAGGAUUAUAAGGAUAAAGAAGGAAAAAUCCACUUCAUCACCAAAGAGAAUGAGAAACAAAAAGAGUCCAAUAACUUCGCCAUUAGAAAAAAAGGAGCGAAGAAAUCCAAAAAGAAGGGGGAACCGGAAUUACAACAGAAAGCCAAACAGGUAGACACCACCAUCUCCCCUGUUUCUGUAGAAAGGAAACAGACCUAUAGAGACCCCAACGUCAUCCAGCCAACCGAAGAAGAGACGGGAAAACCUUCCCUACGGAGGGGCGUGCUCCCAGUGGUGCUGCAGAAAAGGGAAGAAGCUGAAGAGGGAGAAGAAGCUGCUGAGGGAGAAGAAGCUGCUGAGGGAGAAGAAGCUGCUGAGGGAGAAGAAGCUGCUGAGGGAGAAGAAGCUGAAGAGGGAGAAGAAGCUGAAGAGGGAGAAGAAGCUGAAGAGGAAGAAGAAGCUGCAGAGGGAGAAGAAGUGGCCGAGGGAGAGGUAGGCAAAGAAAAAGUGGCAAAAAAACCCAUCGAUCUAGUGAUAAUCAAAGAAAAACUGUUAAAAAAACACGACGAGGAAGAGGUAGCCGAAGAAGAAGUGGCCGAGGGAGAGGUAGCCAAAGAAAAAGUGGUAAAAAAAACCGUCAAGGAAGUGGUAGCCGAAGAAGAAGUGGCCGAGGGAGAAGUAUCCGAGGAAGUAGAUGCAGAAGAACCCGAAGUAUUAGAGGAAGAGGUUGUCGAGGAAGAAGAGGUCGUCGAGGAAGAAGAAGCUGUAGAUGAAGAAGAAGCCGUAGAAGAACCCCUAAAGGAGCCCUCGAAGGAACCCGCGAAGGGGCCAGUUGUAGAACCAAAACCCCAAUACACACCCAUACGCAAAGAUAUAGAGUGGUCCAAAGUAGACGACUUACCCAUAGAUGAACCCCCCAAAAUGUACGAAAAAGAAAUGGACUACUCCAGGAAGCAUGCCGUAGAAAUCGGUGAGGUUAAAACAGGCAUGUACAACUUUGACGACAUCCUAUACAACAUAGCUCUUUCAUUUUUGCAAGAAUUAGGAGAAGCCGAGGGCUCAAAAAAAAGAAAGAAUGUGAAAAAGUCUGCCAGACAGGCCACAGAGAAUUUAGUAACAAGCUACAUGAAGCAAAAGGGGAAGAAGAAGUGA